GGGAAGGGGAUAGGGGGCGCGAGGGGCGUGAGGGGGAGGUGAGGGGAUGCUCUGGGGUAGGGAGUCUAGGGAAGAAGGAGGACGGAAAGGGAGGAGGGGCCGUGUUCACGCAGCCAGUUCACCGUUACCACCGCCUCAACUGGAGUCAAAUUCAGUCAAGAAGAUGCCUAAGGACACCGCGGAAAAGUGGCCAGAGGAACGGCCAAGCUCGCGCUGCUUUUCCCGCGCUGUCUCACGAGGACCAAUGAGCUUCAAGCAUCGUCUUUCUCUGCCGAGGCGGGCGACCAAUGCGGUUUGAGAUCCCGCACUAAUGUCCUGCCCCUUUCUUUCUGCUAGCGUCUAGGCGCGCGAGACUAUCAGUCCAGCCAACAGCGCUUCGAGAUGAGUCUCGUGCCACCCCUGCCCCUCCCUCCGUGUGUCCUGCCUGCCCACUGCCUUUCCCCUUUAGAGAAACAGUGACCCAGAGGCAGGUGGACAAAGAAUUCGGGAGCUGACGGGAACUGGGCUUGGGAUCCAGACUGAAACUGGUUCCCGACUAACCUCUAGCACUCAGGACCCAGACCCAGGACCAUGGGACCCCAGCAUUUGAGACUCGUGCAGCUGUUCUGGCUCUUAGGGGCCAUCUCUACUCUGCCUCGGGCUGGAGCUCUUUUGUGCUAUGAAGCAACAUCGUCAAGGUUCAGAGCUGUUGCUUUCUAUAACUGGAAGUGGCUUCUGAUGAGGAACAUGGUGUGUAAGCUGAAAGAGGGCUGCGAGGAGACGCUAGUGUUCAUCGAGACAGGGACCUCAAGGGGAGUUGUGGGUUUUAAAGGCUGCAGCCCAUCUCCAUCUUACCCUGCACAAGUCUCCUACCUUGUCUCCCCACCCGGAGUGUCCAUUGCCUCCUACAGUCGUGUCUGCCGGUCUUAUCUCUGCAACAACCUCACCAAUUUGGAGCCUUUUGUGAAACUCAAGGCCAGCGCUCCUAAGUCUGUCACAUCUGCAUCCCAUAGUUGUCCCACCUGUGUGGGCGAGCACUUGAAGGAUUGCCUCCCUAAUUUUGUCACCACCAGUUCUUGCCCCUUGGCUGCCUCUACGUGUUAUAGUUCCACCUUAAAACUUCAGGCAGGGUUUCUCAAUACCACCUUCCUCCUUAUGGGCUGUGCUCGUGAAUAUAACCAGCUCUUAGCAGAUUUUCAUCAUAUUGGGAGCAUCAAAGUGACUGAGGUCCUCAACAUCUUAGAGAAGUCUCAGACUGUUGGUGCAGGGUCCUCCAGGCAAAGUCCUGCUUGGGGUGUCCUCUUAGGCCUCCUGUUUGUCUUCAGGGACUGACCAUCUAGCUGCACCAGACAAACACCCAGACCCUCUCACAUAACAAAUAAAAUAGCGGAGUUCUCUUU